AUGGACGGGCAGCCGCCGGCUCGGUCCGAGCUCGACGCGUCCAAGCCCAACACGAUCGACCGCACCGGCCGCACCCGCUCCUCCUCCACCUCGGAGCGCGCUCAGUCGACGAAGCCCAUGCGAAACGAUCAAGCACCCGACGCCGAAGAUCAAGACGACGGCCAGGAGCGUGACGACGAGGACGCGGUGAUGCCGCCUGCUACUGCUGCUGCUGCUGCUGCUGCUGCUGCUGCUGCUCAAGUCGUCGUCGAGGAGGAUCUCGGUCAGGUCGUCGCGCCCUCUACGCCGGCUGAUUCAUGGAGGGUGGCGGUCAGUUCAGCAUGACCGUUGAUGCGAAGAUGAUCGACGAUCGCAUUCUCUUUCCCGAGAGAUCUGGCUCUCCAGCUUCGUGGAAUGGUCGACUAACCCGCGUUGCUCCCGCUCCGCCCCCGCCCCCCCUCACCCGCGUCGACAGUACAUCUACGCCUACCUCGUCAAAUUCACGGACCUGUACCCAUCCGCGACACCCACCAAAAAGUCGCUGCUGCUCGACAUCAAGUCCUUCGAGGACGCGCUCCUCGCCUCGUCCCCACCUUCGACCUCUUCGCUCCGGCGCGACCCCAGAACGGGCCUGCUCCAAUCCGACUACCGCCCAGCGUCCACGAUCCACCGUGCGACCUGGUUACCCUCCGAGAUCACCCAAGCCGAAUACGAAUACGACCAGCUCGUCGCCCAAGCCCAACUCGACAACUUGCCCCCGCCACCGUACCCGACGACCGGUCCCCUCUCGACCGAAUCGUACGAGAUCGCUGCACCGCCCAAGUCCGCGCUCUUGAUCGAGAUCAUGCAGAGCUUCUACGACAUCAUGGGCUACUUUCCCGAAUUUUAUAACCCCAAGGAUAGGAAGGGUUGGUUCGCUUGGUGCGUCAGGUUCGUGAAUACCAGAUUGGGUUCCGGGCCGCUCAAGGGGGGCAUCGGGUGGGAGGUCAAUUUGAUGAGGUCAGUACGGCGAAAAUGGGAGCGAACAUACACGAGUUGGAGAGUCUCGGCGGUGAUUGAUGAUGUGUGGGGGGUUGGUGGCGCGUACAGACGCGUCGGAGUCAAGAUCGGCCGAGAGGACGAAGGCAAUUUCUGGAGAUUGAAAUGGGAGGAAAAGGUACACGUCGAGCUUUCUCCAACCCUCCUUUGAGUAACGGCAGAUAGCUUACCCUCUCGAUCUACCUCGCUCUAGGUGCACGUGAUUCAGCACAUCAUCGACUACCUCUUGACCUACGGUAAAGCGGUUCGAAGGGAGAUCAAAGUCGCUUAUGACAAGUCAGUUUCCCCCCUCCCUACACACCCAUCCUUUCACACGGCCCUCUGACAACGCUUACGUUCUUCUUCCUCCUCUCGCAGUGAGCGCGAUCCCAAAGACGUGCAUUACGAAUCCUCUUCCUCAUCCGAAGACGAAACCGACGACGCUUUCAUAACCGAUAUCGCCGACGCCGACCCAACGCAAGAAGAGCCCGAAGCGUUGAACGCGUUGGCUUUCGAACCACUCGGAACGACCUCGACGAGAACGAUCGCUUCAUUCGAAGAGGGAGGCGAUGAUGGUGUGGAGGUGAAGGAGAGUUUGAUGAUGAUUUACGCAUUGGAUUCGUCCGCGAGGUUAUUCGGAUUGGCGUUCCCUUCGUCGCGAGGAAGUGCAAGGUCCGACGGUGAAGGGAGGGAGGAGGAGGAGGAGAAGGGUUUAUCUCGACCGUCUUCGGCGGACCCUGCGUUCGAAUGGAGGACUUUGACGCGCUCGGUCGAGGAGUACAAUGAGUUUAUUGCGCGCGUCGAGGAGGUCGAGGCGAAGGAUGCGCAGAGUGCGGAGGAAGGGAAGGCAAAAUCGUGGUUGGUCGAUGCGCCGAUCCAACCUUGUGUGAAGAUGCGGAUCGCCAAGAUCAAGGCGGGCGCUGCGUUGGGGACGAAUAGGAAGAAGAGGAAACGACGGACGACGACGAUCGCGACGGCGAACACGCCGAAUAAAAGACCUAUGCGAUCGAGCGUGUUGGGGAGGAAGACGUCGAGUUAUUUCGAGGUCGACGAAAUCGAGGACGACGAGGCUUCGGUAGAAGGACAGAGGAGGUCACUUCGCACGAGGGCGAGGAGGAUGGUCCAACAGCAGCAAGAGCAGUUGGAAGAGGACGAAUCGACCGACGAGGACGACGAAGACGACGACGAAUUCGAACCGGAACCAGUACCGAUUCCGACCAAACCACUUUCACAAGCUCUCAAGGAUCGUCUACCGAGCGUUCAGGAACUGCAGACCGUCUUGGAUGGACUGCAUGCUCAACGUGAGGAGGAGGAAAAGUUCGUUCAGGAGCGGCUCGGAGGAGGGAACAACGGGUCGGCGGUGGCCUCGUCUUCGAAAAUCACGUUGGAUUCGAUCCACGGACGCAGCGGCGCCGCGUCCUCAACGACGACGACUCUGCCUUUCCUUCCACCCCGUCUUCCGACCCCACCACCACCACCUGUCAUCUCCGCCCGAUCAGCGCGUCUUCGAGUGCAGGAAGAGAAGGCCCACCACGACUACUACACCCAAUUGAACGAAGAGAAGCAACGCCAAAAGAUUCAACACGAGCUCGCGCAACGCGAACACAAAAAGAGGCAAGAGGCGAAAACCAAAGCGCAGGCGUUGAAGAUUGCUCGAGCGGAGGAGAAGAAGAGGGAGGAGGAAGAGAGGGAGAGGAGUAAGAGGCAAGGGGAGAGGAAGGAGUUGGAGAAGAGGAUCAAGGAGCGGAGGGCCGAGGGGGAGGGGGGGAGAAGAGUUUCCCAGAGGUUGAGUUUGAUGUUGGAGGUUGAUGAGGAGAGACUGAGGGUGUUGGUGGAGGAGGAGACAAAGAGGGAGGAAGAGAGGAGGAGGAGGAAGGAGGAGAAGAUCGAGAAGGAGGUGAGGCAAGGGACGGAGGAGGCGGGGGAGGCCAAGGGGGUGAAUGAGGUGUCGAAGGUGAAGGAUGGAGAGGUUGUGGGGCCACCUAGUGCUGAGGUCGCGAUGGGAGAUGGCACGGUUUCCGCGAAUGGGUCGACCGCACCAUCGCCGACCCAACCAUCCACGACGAAUGGAGUCGAAGCAGGGCCCGUCGAUGUAUCAGUCCCAGCGAACGAGGAGUCCACACCACCCAUCGUCGAAGCUGCUCCAUCACCCUUUCUUGAUACACCCGUCGCGCCGCCGAUCGAAGCGAGUGCAGUCCCCUCACGACCCGAGAUGAAUGGUCAUGAUUCGCUUCCCAAAGGCUCUACGCCGCAACCAUGA